UAAGAACGCUUGCUUCUCUGGUGGGCAAUGAGGGAGCUGCAGGGGAGGACGUGUUUCCCUCCGUUCUUCCUAAGGCCUUUGACUUCUCUGCAGAGGAGAAAAUCUAUGCCUGGUGGGAGGGCAGUGGGUACUUCAAGCCAGACGAGUCCGCUCUGCAAUCAGGCGCAGCUGCUGGUGCUGGUGACAGCAGUGAUAAGGCUGACAUUAGCACUCCGUUUGUCAUCUCCAUGCCCCCUCCCAACGUGACUGGCGCCCUGCAUAUGGGCCAUGCCAUGUUCGUCACUCUCGAGGACAUUAUGGCUCGGUUCUGGCGCAUGAAGGGGCGUCCCACCCUCUGGCUGCCAGGCACGGACCAUGCAGGCAUCGCCACUCAGCUGGUGGUGGAAAAGAUGCUGGCCUCUGAGGGGCUUUUGAAGGAAGAACGGGCUCUUGAGCCACCCAGAAAUUACCUGUGUAAUCCUCUGUGCGCCCCUCCCUUUGCCCCCUCCCAGCUGGUGGUGGAGAAGAUGCUGGCAUCUGAGGGGAUCAGCCGAAAGGAGCUGGGCCGAGAAGAAUUUGUGAAGCGCGUGUGGGAGUGGAAGGAGAAUUUGUACCUCUCGGUUUUCCAUCCCCUACCUUCCCACCUCCUGCCAGAGGCUGUGGUGGAGGCGUUUGUCCGCCUGCACAACAAGGGGCUCAUCUACCGCGGCACGUACAUGGUCAACUGGUCUCCCUUCCUGCAGACCGCUGUGUCUGAUCUGUGCGGGCAUUGCACGUGGACGAUGCACCAUCUCUGCCACCUCUCAGCUUCUCCUCCUCCCCCACUCUUCAUACCUACCCGCCCCCAGCACCUUCCUCACCUCGCCCCUCUUCCACGCCCCCUCCCCUUCCCGCCAGAACCCCCCAAACCUCGUUUCCCCUUCCUCCCAUACAAUCUCAGGGUCGAUUAUCUCCCUGUAGCCACGACGCACCCAGAGAGAGGCUCACACCUCCCCCUUUCUGGGCCUACUUCCCCCUCCUCUCCCCCUCCCCCAAGGGACGACUAUCUGCCGGUGGCCACAACAAGGCCAGAGACCAUUCUGGGCGACACAGAAGUGGUUGUGCACCCAGAGGACGAGCACUGUAUAGACGACUAUCUACCAGUAGCCACCACGCGGCCAGAGACCAUUCUGGGCGACACAGAAGUGGUUGUGCACCCAGAGGACGAGCGCUGUAUAGACGACUAUCUGCCGGUGGCAACGACGAGGCCGGAGACCAUUCUGGGAGACACAGCAGUGGCCAUGCACCCAGAGGACGAGCGCUUCAAGCAGUACGUGGGGCGGCAGGCUCACCCCCCCCUGCCCCCUCUUUCUCUCUGUCUCCUUGUUUCUCCCCUCCUGCCCCUCCCCAGGGGCGACUAUCUGCCAGUGGCCACCACGCGCCCAGAGACCAUUCUGGGCGACACAGCAGUGGCGGUGCACCCAGAGACGGAGGAUGACUAUCUGCCUGUAGCGACAACACGCCCAGAGACCAUUCUGGGAGACACGGCAGUGGCCAUGCACCCAGAGGACGAGCGCUUCAAGCAGUACGUGGGGCGCCAGGCUCACACCCCUCCCCACCCUCCCUCUUCCUCUCUGUCUUCCUGUGUCUCCCCUCCUGCCCCUCCCCUCCUGCCCCUCCCCAGGGAUGACUAUCUGCCAGUGGCAACGACACGCCCAGAGACCAUUCUGGGAGACACAGCAGUGGCCGUGCAUCCAGAGGACGAGCGCUUCAAGCAGUACGUGGGGCGCCAGGCCGUGGUGCCCAUGUGCGGAGGCAGGACAAUUCCGAUCAUUGCCGAUGAUUACGUGGACAUGGAAUUCGGCACGGGGUGUCUCAAGAUCACCCCUGGCCAUGACAUCAAUGACUAUGCCAUCGGGCAGCGCCGGGACCUGCCUAUUAUUAAUAUUCUCAAUAAGGACGCCACACUCAACGAGAACGCAGGGGCGUUCUGUGGUUUGGAUCGGUUUGAGGCUCGGAAGCAGGUGUGGGAGCAACUGGAGAAGGAAGGCCUGGCGAUCAAACAACAGCCACACGUGCAGCGGGUGCCACGCUCCCAAAGAGGAGGCGAGGUGGUGGAGCCACUAGUGAGCCGGCAGUGGUUCGUGCGCAUGCAGCCACUGGCAGCACCCGCUCUGGAAGCAGCACGGACUGGCGAGCUCACCAUUAUUCCAGAGCGGUUUGAGAAGGUGAGCAAGGGAAGGAGGACUGGAACCAACCCCAUUGCCCCCACUCCUCCCCCCAACCCCUCCCCUAUGUAUCCAUCGCAGAUCUACGAGUUCUGGCUGGACAACAUCAGGGACUGGUGCAUCAGCCAGCAUCUCUUCUCUCCUUACCUCUCAUCAGCAAGUACCUCCCCCAUUGCCCCCAUCUGCUCCCAUAACCUUCCUCCUCAUCCUCCCUAUCCCCCGCAGAUCUACGAGUUCUGGCUGGACAACAUCAGGGACUGGUGCAUCAGCCGGCAGCUGUGGUGGGGCCACCGCAUCCCCGUCUUCUACCCCUCCUGGGACUCUGCAACGCCCGCUCCUCUAGCUGGGAAGGGCAGUGACGGUGCCGAGGAGGGGGCAGCAGAGUAUGUGGUGGCUGGGACCGAGGCUGAGGCUCGGGAGAAGGUUCGGGAGAGAUAUGGGGACGAGGCGGCAGAGACUGUGCGAUUGGAGCAGGAUCCUGACGUGCUUGACACGUGGUUCUCGAGGCACGACAUUUUGUUCUUCUGGGUGGCGCGAAUGACCAUGAUGGGGUUGGAGUUCACAGGGAAGCUGCCCUUCCACACCAUCUACCUGCACGGACUCGUGCGCGACGCACAGUUCACAGGCAAGCUGCCCUUCCACACCAUCUACCUGCACGGCCUCGUGCGCGACGCACAGUUCACAGGCAAGCUGCCCUUCCACACCAUCUACCUGCACGGCCUCGUGCGCGACGCACAGUUCACAGGCAAGCUGCCCUUCCACACCAUCUACCUGCACGGCCUCGUGCGCGACGCACAGUUCACAGGCAAGCUGCCCUUCCACACCAUAUACCUGCACGGCCUCGUGCGCGACGCACAGUUCACAGGCAAGCUGCCCUUCCACACCAUAUACCUGCACGGCCUCGUGCGCGACGCACAGUUCACAGGCAAGCUGCCCUUCCACACCAUAUACCUGCACGGCCUCGUGCGCGACGCACAGUAUGAUGGUGCUCCAUCUGGGCACUGCGCUCGUGUCUUUCCCUUCCCUCUGGCAUGUAAACCCUGCAACAUCCGCCUGGCCUCUCUUUCUGUUCCUGCCACACAUGCAGGGUCGAAAGAUGUCCAAGUCACAGGGCAGCGUGGUCUCAACCCUCUUCUCCCGGGCCUUUCCAAAACUCCUUUCCUUUUCCCCCGUAUGCCCCUCAUCCAGGGGCGCAAGAUGUCCAAGUCGUUAGGCAACGUGGUGGACCCAUUGGACACAAUCAACGACUUUGGCACAGAUGCCCUCAGAUACACCCUCGCCACUGGCACCACUCCCGGGCAGGACGUGAAUCUGUCUAUGGAGCGUCUGGGCGCCAACAGGGCGUUUGUGAACAAGAUAUGGAACGCGGGGAAGUUUAUUCUGCAGAACCUGCCGAGCAAGGAGGACGAGAAGCAGUGGCAGCGGCUGGGGCAAGUCAAGUUUGACACUCCCGAGGCGCUUGCUGCCCUCCCAUUGGCCGAGAGAUGGCUGCUCUCCCGUCUGCAUACACUGGUGGACGAGGUCACAGAGGCAUACAUCGCAUACGAGUUCAAUGCAGCAGGCCGGCGCAUCUACGACUUCUUCUGGAGCGACUUCGCUGACUGGUACAUCGAGGCCAGCAAGACCCGCCUCUACAGCGGCUUCCGCUCCUCCAGCAGCAGCAGCAGCGAGGGCAGCAGUGAGAGUGGGAACGAGAGUCAGGAAGCAGAGCCCCAAGGCGCACCAGCAGACGAGGCGCAGCAGCAGGCGCAGGCAGUGCUGGCAUACGCGUUUGACUCUGUGCUGCGUCUGCUGCACCCUUUCAUGCCAUACGCCUCCGAGCAGCUGUGGCAGGCGCUGCCCCACGCCCCCUCCCUGCCCUCCCUCAUGCUCGCCCCCUGGCCCGCUGCUGGCUUGCCGAGGGACGCCCAGGCCCAGGAAGAAUUCGAUGACCUUCAAGCACUGGUGAGCAAUAGACGCAGGUACAUGCAAGCAGGCCUGCAUGCCAUUCGCCUCCGAGCAGCUCUGGCAGGCGCUGCCCCACGCCCCCCUCCCUGCCCUCCCUCAUGCUCGCCCCCUGGCCCGCUGCUGGCUUGCCGAGGGACGCCCAGGCCCAGGAAGAAUUCGAUGACCUUCAAGCACUGGGACGCCCAGGCCCAGGAAGAAUUCGAUGACCUUCAAGCACUGGCGCUGCCCCACGCCCCCUCCCUGCCCUCCCUCAUGCUCGCCCCCUGGCCCGCUGCUGGCUUGCCGAGGGACGCCCAGGCCCAGGAAGAAUUCGAUGACCUUCAAGCACUGGCGCUGCCCCACGCCCCCUCCCUGCCCUCCCUCAUGCUCAUGUCCUGGCCCGCUGCUGGCCUGCCGAGGGACGCUCAGGCGCAGGAGGAAUUCGACGAUCUGCAAGCACUGGUGCGAGCAAUCCGCAAUGCGCGGGCCAUUCGCAAUGUGAGGGCGGAGUGUUCAGUGGAGCCGGCCAAGAAGAUAGCUGCAGGGCAAGCCGAAGUGCGGGCUAUCCGCAAUGUGAGGGCGGAGUAUUCAGUGGAACCGGCCAAGAAGAUCGCUGCCACUGUCAUCGCCGCACCCACCCUCUCUCCCGCCAUUCAGGGCGAGAGGGACGUGCUAGCGUUGCUUGCUCGGGUCGACCCUGCCUCUCUGCACAUCACAUCAGCACAACCAGACGAGGCAGCGGCAGCAGCAUGUGUGCAUGUGGUGGCAGCAGAGGGACUGGAGGCAUACCUGCCAAUAGCAGACAUGGUGGACGUUCCCAAGGAGCUGCAGCGCCUGGGCAAGCAGCAGACCAAGCUCACAGCCGACGUCAACUCCUGCCGCUCCCGCCUCUCCUCCAAAAAGUUUGUGGACAAGGCACCAGCAUCGGUGGUGGAUGGGGUGAGGAAGCAAGCAGAGGAGGCGGAGGAGAAACUAGCUCUUGUUAACAGACGCUUGGAGCAGCUGCAGGGCAUGGCUGCCACUGCCACCACUGCAUAA